UCGACAGCUCCCUCUCAGAACCGUACAACUAUAUCAAGGAUCACGAAUAAAUAUGAUGGGGGGGUUUAGCGGCACCCGUGAUGGGCCAAGAUCUCGCUCCUUGGCGGGAUGGGUGUGAGGGGAGGAGUUGGUUGAUUCCAUAUAUGGCAUUUCUUCGGUUGUGAUGGUAUAGGACACCUCUUGCAUAUGUUUACGACGGCAUUUUUCUGUUUCAGCUGCGGAUGUUUGCAUUAUUCACUUCUACUGGGGCGUCGGGCGCUCUUUUUUCAAGCUCUUCUUUUGCUUUCUUCGAUUUGGCAGUGUCUCUGGGAUUCUUCACACUUCACUUCCUCUGAUACCUUAACAUUCUUCUUCUCCCCCUGUUUGUAUUACAGGCGUCGGAUGCCCAGGGUCGGCAAUGUAUCUGCAAUUCUUUUUUGGUUCCACACUUGUCUUCUGCCGGCACGUUCUCUGCGUCGUCUUCCUCAGAGAACGGAGGUGACGAUGUAAAUGCUGCUGCAUUUCUAAGGCCUCAGGUUACGGGGCACAUGAUGUCUCGAAUGGAAGGGAAGAAAAAAAAAACAAC